AUGAAAUUAGACUACGUCUAUUUUAAGAAAUCCGAAUUCACGGAUAACGGGAAGAUCAUUAUUGAUAUGCCCUACACGCAGCUGGAAACACUUGUGAUUUUUAAUAUCGUCACAAACAAGGGUAUUAUAAAGCACUAUGUUGUUAAACAAGAAGAUGACACUGAUGUUGAUCAAUUGGGUUCGGAUACCUUUGGCAUAAAAAGAAGUUAUAUACUGUUGGACCGUUGGAAAGAAUAUCUUUAUUUUGGCGUCUUUGUUUCUCAAUUUAAAUCCGUUGACUUGUAUCGUAUUGAUAAACAGAUACUACAUGCACUAUGUAUUUGA